AGAUGAUUUGUUGAAAAGUGAUUUCUCGAGAGAAAGUGUUUUGGUUCGUAGCACUCUCCAGUGCAUUACGAAUGAAUUAAACAAAUUGUGAACAGUUGCUGGUUGGCAUAGUUUUAUAUUGAUUUGUAAUCAAUUCCUGGGUAUUCUAUCUUUCCUUACCAGAAGGAACAAUACAAUCCAACAGCUUUAAACAAGAUUUCUUCCAAUCUUACUUGAAUCGUUCUAUUGAUGUUUUUGUCUUGGGCAACAUUAUAAAAUUACCACACCAAGCAAAUCGGUCAAUGGCCACCUAAGUGUACCUAAAAGUGAUUUGAACAAAGCGAAACGCUGAAAGUCACUCAUCCACUAUGAGUAUAGUCGAACCAAACACACAGACUGCAUCAAACCAGGCACUCCAAACGGCCCUACAAACUUUAAAAGAACGCUGUCAGACGUUCCAGCGAAGGAUUACGAUACUCGAGGAGGAAAAUGGCACACUACGAGCACGGCAGGUAAAAUCAACCAUUCCCGAACAGCUCCACGACAAUAGAGCAGUUAUUCAAACCGAGCUGAUGCAACUGCGGGAAACCGUGGCCGAGCUGACACACCAAAAAAUGCAGAUGGCGGAACAGAUAUCCAUGGUAGGGACAGAAAACAGACAGCUCUGGCGACGGCUGUCGCUGAUCGCGAAGAAUCUCGGAGAUGUGGAUGGAGUAAACGUUGGCCCCUCAGCAACAACGGUCAAUCAACAGCAGAGAGCACCACCACCACCUACAUCAUCCUCCACCAAUCAAACAGGUCAAAAUCUAAUCCGAUCACGCACCUUCACGAAGCACGCACCAAAUCCGAAGCUGCGAGAGCGUUUGCAACGCGACAAUUCGGCGGAAGAGAAAGGAAUUAAUUUGGAAGAUAUUUCCUUGCUCAAUACCUGCGGCUUCCUAGAGACUUCCAAUGUAGAUCCGGUACAGGACGAGGAACUGUUGCGUGCCGCGCUCGAGGCGAACCCGGACAUUAGCCGAUGUACGGAGGGAUUACUUGAUAUAGAGAAAGAAAUAGCAAGACAGCAGGCAGUGAUGUGGGAUCUUUACCAUGUAAUAAGAUCAGAACUGUGCCAACGAUGCAGUACGAAAUCGUCCGAAACCGAAAGUGAGAAACUUAUGAAGGACGUUAUGGUAGAGGUGGUCGAAAAUGAGCUAGCACCACGUAAGAGCACACUCCUGUAUCCGCCACCAGUAGCAUCGAAGGGUAGCCAGUCACGAGUGGAAAGCGGACCCGGACAUUGUGCGGACGCGUUAAUGUUCGAUAAGGUUAGCAUGAAUUUGCUGCAGGAAAAGCUACGUGCCAACGGUAUGAAAAAGAUUUGCCCAAUGUGCGGGUUGCUCUACGGGCAGGAAACGGUAUUCGAAGAGUUUCAAACCCACGUUGAAUCUCAUUUUCUGCACGACGGUGAACUGGAUGAGCUUAGCCUUGACCGUACGUACGAGUAUACGUCCCAAACCGUCGGCGAUUUCUGACCAUCGUCCGGCUCGACUAGAAGUCGAAUAUUUUUUUCCAGCGAACUCUAACGAAUGGGGGUCCCUUCCUGCGUAGAUUGUAUGCCUUUUUAAACACCUUUGCUGUAUGUAGUUCGUUGCCUUCACCCAUAAGCACUGUUAUAUUUAUAUGCCUGCGAUUCGAUUUCGGCACGUUCCGUAUAACAUAUUACAGCAGCAUUACGGACUAAGAUAAUACAAUGAUGUAAAGCUAAUUACAGGACAAAGCGUCAACAAUAAAAGAUUUUAUUUUCUUGUA